AGCUUUUUUUGUCUCUCAACGAACAAGAAGCCUCGCUAGAAACAAACCUCUGCGUCUUUCGUCAUCUUCACUGCCUCUAUCGCCGCCGGUGAAAUCAAUCGUCUCUUUCUGGAAUACAACACUUGACAAUGGUGAGCCAAAGGCAAAGACUUGCGCGGAAGCGAUACAAGGAAGCUCACCCAGACCAGUUUCCAAAACCAGAGCCGACGCCGCCAAAGGAUCCCGAUAAGAAGAAGAAGAAGAAGAGCUUGUUCAAGCGGAAGAAACCUGGAUCUUCCUCUACUAAACCCAUGAGAAGAGGCUCCUCGACGACGACGCAUCCUCUCCGAGUUCCUGGUAUGAAACCUGGGGAAGGUUGUUAUAUCUGCAAAUCCAAAACCCAUAUUGCCAAGCUCUGCCCUGAAAAAUCCGAGUGGGAGAGAAACAAGAUAUGCUUGCAAUGCAGAAGGCGAGGGCAUAGUCUCAAGAAUUGUCCAGACAAGAACGAUGAGAGCAGCUUCGAGAAGAAGCUUUGUUACAACUGUGGAGAUACUGGCCAUUCACUUUCACACUGUCCUCAUCCUUUGGAAGAUGGAGGAACCAAAUUUGCAAGUUGUUUCAUAUGCAAGGAGAAUGGGCAUAUAAGCAAGAACUGCCCUCAAAACAAGCAUGGAGUCUACCCAAUGGGUGGGUCUUGUAAAGUGUGCGGGAGUGUGGCGCAUCUCGUCAAAGACUGUCCUGAUAAACUCGAGAGAAAUUCAGCACCAAGAAAGAGUUCAAGGUUUGAUGCUACACCAAGAGGGAAACUCACUAAGUUUAGUGGAGAUGAUCUUGAGGACGACUUCUAUGAAGAGCCUAUAAUCAGCAAGAAGCUCAAGACCUCUGAUGAUACUACUACACCUGAUGAUUCAGUUCAGAAGAGCAUCGAGAAAAAGAAACAAGGACCAAAGGUUGUCAAUUUCGUAGGAUGAUCACAACUUAAUUUAAGAGGAUCUGAAAAGGGUCGUCAAUUUUGUAGGAAAGAUUCAACAUUUUUGUUUUCUUAUCUGCCUUUAGAGUCGUGUAAGGACAAAUUACACUCUGUUUCAAGGUUCAGAACAAUGUUAUGUAAUAGAGAACCACACAGUCAAAUUCUGUUUCAGAUAUCUUCUGAACCGAACGAAACCG